AUGGCUCAAACCAGCGGUGCGAAUCCAGUGUGCAGUCCGUGUACUCCAAUCUCUCCUAUGGAUGUGAAUAGUACAACAGCUUAUGGAAUGCCACCCCAGCCUGCGAAUGGUUCAUACUCAGUUCCACUUCCAGCGUCGGUACCUUACAGUAUCCCCUUUUCUCCGAUGUUACCAAGCAUCGCUGUAUCUGGACAGCCACAAAGCGUUAAUCCCAUGCAAUAUCAAGCGCCGGCCGCUGGUAUCCCUGCAGCAGUCCCACCAUCCCCACCUGUUGCACCAGCUCCUUCGACUCGCAAAGCACCGAAUGGAAAGAAAGCGGAAACUAGUGCUGACGGCGAAAAGCCGAAAAGGGGACGUCCACGAAAAAUCAAACGUUCAGAGAAGUGCCUAGACGAAGAAUUGUGCGAAGAAGUCACAAAUGGAAUUGAAAAAGUGGGUUUUCUCCAAGUAGUCCACAUCUUACAGUAUAUGCCUUCACCAUAUAAUUGCUGUAAUUGUCUUUCUUGCCUUUAA